CUUCUCAAAAUGUACCAGCAAAUUAUUGGUCGUUCCGGGAGACAGAUCAGCACUGUAGCCAGGAGAGCCGGCACAAACGAUAACUCUUCUAACCGAACGCAAUUUAACCCAUCCCUCUUGCGCAGACAGGGUCCUGCCUGGGUUCUUGCAGGGGGCGGAAUGGCUGCCACCUUGGAAGGUGUCUAUCUGAUGUUACGUUCGUUCCGGCGCCUGAGAUACAUCUAGUCUGAACCAAAGGCCGAAUGGUUAUAUGGCGAAAGCGGGACGUUCGUGGUCCAUUUCAG